UGGGUGAAGUUCCACAUUCAAAUGACCGGGGCCGGUCUAAAGAUAGGGUGAACAUUGACUUUGAUUUCCUGCUACGGCCGUUGAAAUGGGCAAGUUUCCUAAAUCCCUCCACCUCUGUCCAACCAGUGGUUGGUCAAGUGGCAGGUCGAAUGCGAUGGAGUAGAGUGCGGAUAGUCCCAUCUCUUCCAAGCAGUGUGGCCAGUGUGGAAAAGUAGGCCAAAUUCCCUAUAGACCUCCCUCUAAUGGAGGGCCUUCCUCCAGCAGUGGCUUGAGCAAGCAAUUGCAGGGCUGCACCCUUGCCUGUUACGAUUUUGUUACGACUUAAAUAAUGGCACACGACACAUUUUACCGAUUGCAUUGGCUGCAGCGGGAUGAUGGACUGAGUUGUCUCUAGACCAGAUUUUGAAUGCGGGACCUUUUGUGAGUGGAGCGAUCGAACAACAAUGCCACCUGGCUAGAUACGAAAAUGGGGAAAUAACCAAAUAACCCCCUCCCCCCACCCCCUCACCCAUGACAGAUGACUCGAUGAAUGGCCUGGUUCACGAGUAUCGGGCAUUAACUCUGAUGAUGAGAGGGAACGCAAUCAAUUUACCCAGAUUACUAAAAUGUGAUUCGUGGCUGAGCUGGAUUUGGGAUUACGGGAGCAGGUAAAGAGGGAGAGCAGGAUGGCAGAGAAAAUGCGGCUGGGGAGCCGGUGGGGGGAUGGUGAUGGUCGGGACUGGUCGCAGUGGUGGGUGGAGGGAGACCUGAGGGAUGGGUAAGGGAACAGGUAACUUGGAUUUGGCUCUAGGGCUCUGAAUUUGAGCAGCUCAGUGCUAAGCAAGUGCAUCUUGGGUGGACGGAGUGUGGCCUCAGUUGGGGCCAUGCUUGGCUGCGAGGCUGCUCUGUAGAUCUGCGUGGCUUCCUCCUCCUCCUCCUCCGCUGUCUCCUCCUUCUCACCUCCAUCCACCCGCCCAACCACCCACCCAACCUCCAUCCUCCGCAACCUUGGAGAAGCAGCGAUGGCAGCAGCGAUAUUCAUCAGCACGGAUUAGCGCAGACCGGACGGAGGGAGUGCCGGAUAAGUCACGCACGGCGACAGAGGCGGCUCUCUCCUCUGUCCGUCGUUUUGGCUAAGCUUCUUCUCCUCCUCCAGCCUCUCGAAGGAGAGCAACAGUAGGGGGAACAACAGCAAGAUUCACGGGACAACGGUGCACGGCAAAGAGUGAAGAGGCCGUUGGGAAUUCAGGACAUCCGAGGAAGGCCAGGAGAGAAACGGAGGAAAGACGAGGAGAGGGAGCGACGGGGGAGAGGCGAGGGGCAGUUAAGGAAGCAGGGACGAACGGCAGGGCGACGUCGGGGAGCAUCAUCAGAGCAGAGGAGAGGAGCCCGGCAGGAAUCCCUCAUGGGGAGCGGCGCGAGCGCAGAGGACAAGGAGUCGGCCAAGCACUCCAAGGAGCUCGAGAAGAAGCUCGCCGAAGAUGCCGAAAAGGAGGCGAGGACGGUGAAGCUCCUGCUAUUAGGUGCUGGAGAAUCUGGAAAAAGUACCAUCGUAAAGCAAAUGAAGAUCAUCCACAAGAAUGGCUACUCAGAAGCGGAGUGCUUGGAAUUCAAGGCCAUCAUCUACAGCAACACCCUGCAGUCGAUCCUCGCCAUCGUCCGAGCCAUGGAAACGUUCAGCAUCGACUACGGGGACCCUGCCAGAGCUGCUGACGGGAGGCAGCUCUUCAACCUGGCCGACUCACUGGAGGAGGGAUCCAUGCCCAAUGAACUUUCCGCCAUCAUCAUCCGCCUGUGGAAGGACACCGGGGUGCAGGCCAGCUUCGAUCGGGCGUCCGAAUACCAGCUCAACGAUUCUGCCUCUUACUACCUCAAUGAUCUGGAUCGUCUUAUGAACCCAAGCUACUUGCCCAACGAGCAAGACGUCCUGCGCUCCCGUGUUAAGACCACUGGUAUCAUCGAGGACUCCUUCUGCUUCAAGGACCUGCAGUUCAGGAUGUUCGACGUGGGAGGGCAGCGAUCGGAGCGGAAGAAGUGGAUCCACUGCUUCGAGGGCGUCACCUGCAUCAUCUUCUGCGGCGCGCUGAGUGCGUACGACAUGGUGCUCGUGGAGGACGACGAAGUGAACCGCAUGCACGAGAGCCUGCACCUGUUCAACAGCAUCUGCAACCACAGAUACUUCAACGACACCUCCAUCGUGCUGUUCCUCAACAAGAAAGACCUCUUCGAGGAGAAGGUGAAGAAGGUCCACCUCAACAUUUGUUUUCCAGACUACGACGGUCCGAACACCUUCGAUGACGCCGGGGCCUACAUCAAGAACCAGUUCCUGGACCUGAACCUGCGCAAGGAGGCAAAGGAGAUCUACUCGCACUUGACGUGUGCCACCGACACCCAGAACGUCAAGUUCGUGUUCGACGCAGUCACCGACAUCAUAAUCAAGAACAACCUCAAAGACUGCGGCCUCUUCUAAGUCGGCGGGCAUCCGUCACUUCGCUCGGAAGACACGGUUCGUUUCAAAACGCUGCGAUGACACGAGGCACAAAAUGAUGCACGCCAGCAUCGUGUCGGCUCGUUCAUGCUAAACUACAAUGAGAAGGCAGUAUUGGUUAUGGUUGAUAGUUUAGAGCAGGGGUGUCCAAACUUUUUUUUCCCGAGGGCCACAUACAGAAAAAUAUACGAAGGACUGGGCCACUCACUUGACGUGAGGUAUACUGCCUCACUUCUCAUGCACUAAUAUUGGCAAAAUCAAUCAAAUGCAGGUAAAUUACGUUUGAUAAUUGAACAUGUUUGAAGACAAAAAGCCUCCAUCAUAGCUCUCCAUUAGUAGAUUUUCAUUUUAUUUUUUACAAAAAGGUUGCCAGGUCAUUCUCUCAGUGACAGCCUCAGAUUGGUUCUUAGGGUGCUGAUCCCCCUUCAUUGUCCUGUAUGAAGGGAGAGACAAGAAGAGAAAUAGGGGAUGUGGAUAUUUCAAGCUUAUUUCACAAAUCAAUUAUUGGUCUUGUUAACACACCAACUAACGUUUGUUAAAAAAUUGUCAUCAACUUUAAUUGACUGAAUUUAUUAAGUAAUUGGGCUUAUUAACAAAUGAAAACUGUGUGUAUAUUUUUAACUUACCUGUAAUGGGAAGAAUGUUGCGCUCAGUGGGAGCAGUGAUGCUGCGCUUUGGUGUGAAGGAUAGC